AUGGCCCCUACAGCAACAUCCAGCGUCGGCGCUGCCGUCGCCGCCAUCCCCACCACGCUCAAGACUGCCGUCAACGCCGUUUCCGCAACCGCUUCUACCUCGACCACCACGCUCUCCACCGAGGAGGUCAUCCACAAGGAAGCCGAGUAUGGUGCCCACAACUACCACCCUCUCCCUGUCGUCUUCGACCGUGCCCAGGGCGCGCAUGUCUGGGACCCGGAGGGCAAGCAGUACCUCGACUUCCUCUCGGCUUACAGUGCCGUCAACCAGGGGCACUGCCACCCUGCUAUUGUCGGUGCGCUCGUGGCGCAGGCGCAGAAGCUGACUCUCAGCUCGAGGGCGUUCUACAACUCGACGUUUGCUCCUUUUGCUGAGAAGGUGACAAAGACGUUUGGGUACGAGAUGGUGCUGCCGAUGAACACGGGUGCUGAGGCGGUCGAGACGGCCCUCAAGCUCGCGCGCAAGUGGGGUUACAUGAAGAAGGGCAUUCCCGAGGGCAAGGCUCGUCUGCUGUCCGUAGCGGGCAACUUCCACGGCCGAACACUCGGUGUCAUCUCCAUGUCCACCGACCCGGAGUCGCGCACUGGCUUCGGGCCCUUCCUCGACCGCGUCGGCCCCGGCGUCGACGACAUGACCAUCCGCUACGACAACGCAGACGAUCUCGAAAAGGUGCUCGACAAGUACGGUCACGAAGUCGCCGCCUUCCUCGUCGAACCCAUCCAGGGCGAGGCGGGCAUCGUCGUCCCCUCCCCCGGUUACCUCAAGAAGGUCGAGCAGCUCUGCCGCAAGCACAACGUGCUUUUCAUCUGCGACGAGAUCCAAACCGGUCUCGGACGAACGGGAAAGAUGCUCUGCCACCAGCACGACGACGUACGUCCGGACAUUGUUACGCUCGGCAAGGCGCUUUCGGGCGGCGUUUACCCCGUCUCGGCUGUGCUGGCUGACAAGGAGGUCAUGCUCUGCAUCAAGCCGGGCGAGCACGGUUCGACCUACGGCGGCAACCCGCUCGGCUGCGCCGUCGCUAGCGCCGCCAUUGACGUGCUUGUCAACGAAAAGCUCAGCGAACGAGCCGAGGAGCUGGGCGCCAAGUUCCGCCAGCAGCUGUCCGAGAUUAAGCACCCGCUGCUGUCCAGCGUUCGCGGGCGUGGUCUUCUCAACGCGAUUGUCAUUGACGAGCACAAGUCCACCAAGCGCAGAUCUGCAUGGCAGCUCUGCUUGCUCCUCAAGCACAAGGGUCUCUUGGCCAAGCCUACGCACGUCAACAUCAUCCGUCUGGCUCCGCCGCUUGUCAUUGAUGAGAAGGACCUCGAGAAGGGUGUGCAGAUCAUCAAGGAGGCACUGGAGGAGUUGGAUGCGUUGGAGGCCAUUCCUGGUGACGAAGCGCACUAA